AUGGGGCAUGGCCGAACAAUGGAGGUCACUGCCUCAAAGUUUGAGUGGACAAAGUUCAAAGAUCAAUUGCACUUUUACUUAAUGCUUGGACUCGUUCCUAUUGGCCUGAUCAUUGGUGGAACUAAUCUAAUCUAUGGCCCGGCUGAGUUGAAGGAUAUUCCAGAUGGUUAUGAGCCAAAACAUUGGGAGUAUUAUAAGCAUCCAAUUUCUCAGUUCAUCGCUCGCUAUCUCCUCGAUUCUCCUGAAAAAAGGUACGAGAGGCAUCUUCAUUUUGUCUCGAAAGAACAAGAUAAAUGGAUCAUGAAAUUGCUAAGGAGGGUGAAGAAGAUGCAGAGAGGACGAAAGGAAUGUAGAUGA